CUGGCGCGGAAUGUACCGGCCGCACUGAGGUGUAGGGCGGGUGCGGCAGCUGGGAAACAUCGCUGCUCCGGUUUAGGCCUUCGUGCACACCUGGAGAUGGGGGAGAGCAACCCGGACAAGAUGAAUUCUGAAAACCUCAGAGAAGACGGUAACAAGCACUUCAAAUCCGGAGAUUACGAAGCAGCGUUGUCGUGUUACACGAAAGCACUCAAGCUAUCCAGUGAUAAGAGAGACGCGGCCGUAUUACAUCGGAACCGCUCCGCCUGCUACCUGAAGCUGGAGGAUUAUGAAAAGGCAGAAGAAGAUGCCUCUAAAGCCAUUGGGGUGGAUGGAGGUGACGUGAAGGCCCUGUUCAGACGCAGCCAAGCCUUAGAGAAACUGGGCAAAUCAGACCUGGCAAUACUUGAUCUUCAGAGAUGUCUCAGUCUAGAACCGAAAAAUAAAGUGUUUCAGGACGCUGUGAGGAACCUAGGAGUGCGGGCGCAGGAGAAGGUUCGGCUCAUGUCCACUACAGACUCCCGGGUGGACCAGAUGUUUCAUAUUUUGCUUGAUCCUGAAGAGAAAGAUGUUGAAAAGCAGCAAAAGGCGGCACAAAAUUUAGUAGUUUUGGCUCGAGAAGAUGCUGGAGCAGAGAAGAUUUUUCAGAAUGAUGGGGUCCGUCUCCUGCAGCGGAUGCUAAACACCAAAAAAUCAGACAUGAUGUUGGCUGCUUUGAGGACACUGGUUGGACUCUGCACUGGUCAUCAGUCUCGAACAGUAUCAAUCCUCAAUGCUCUGGGUGUGGAGACGUUCUGCACAGUGAUGGCAGUGGACAAUGAGCCGGUCUCCCUUGCUGCUUGCAGUGUCCUGCAUGCUAUGUUUGAUGCUCUCAAAGAAGGCAUGACAAAAGAUAUUCGAGGGAAGGAAGGUGCAAUUGUUUUGGAUCCUUCCAAGGAACUGAAGUCAAUGAUUCAUCAUCUGCUGGAAAUGUUAACUCAACCAAGUGUCUCAUCACAUGGCAGAGAGAACUCCCUAAACCUUCUCAUCAAGGUAGUGCCUCGAAAGUCACUACGUGAUCCCAACAAUGGGAUGACAUUGUGGGUCAUAGACAAUGGUUUAAAGAAAAUCCUUGAAGUUGGAGGUUCAUUGGAAGAGAUUCCUGGAAGCCUGGCAGUUACAGAGACGACCAGGAUGAGCGCUUCUGUACUUUUGAACAAGCUUUUUGAUGACCUUAAAUGUGAUGCAGAACGAGAGAAUUUCCACAAGCUGUGUGAGGAUUAUGUUCGGAGCUUGUUUGAAAACCACGGUAUGGAUGGAAAGCUACGUGCCAUACAGACCGUCUCAUGUCUGUUGCAAGGACCUUUUGAUGCUGGAAAUCGAACCCUGGAACUUUCUGGCAUAAUGGACAGUGUCAUAUCUCUCUGCGCCUCAGAACGAGAAAUUGAUCAGCAGGUGGCAGUGGAAGCCCUCAUCCAUGCAGCUGGAAAAGCUAAGAGAGCCUCCUUCAUCACUGCCAAUGGUGUGACACUGCUAAAAGAUAUAUACAAGAAAAAUGAAAAUGAUGCUAUCCGGAUUCGAGCCUUGGUGGGUCUUUGUAAGUUGGGAUCAGCAGGAGGAACUGAUUUCAGCAUGAAACAGUUUGCGGAAGGCUCCACUCUUAAGCUAGCAAAACAGUGCCGGAAGUGGCUGUGCAAUGAAGGCAUUCAAGCCAGCACCCGACGUUGGGCUGUGGAAGGCUUGGCCUAUUUAACGUUUGAUGCAGAUGUAAAAGAGGAAUUUGUAGAAGAUAAAGCAGCUAUGGAAGCAAUGUUCAAACUAGCAAAGUCACAGGACAAGACUGUGAUUUUUGCAGUUGCAUCCACCCUUGUAAAUUGUACAAACAGCUAUGACCGGGAAGAAGUAGACCCACAAAUGUUAGAGUUGGCCAAGUAUGCCAAGCAGCAUAUUCCUGAGGAGCACCCUAAGGACAAGAAAGAGUUUGUUGAGACGCGUGUCCACAAGCUCCUGGUAGCAGGUGUGGUGUCUGCUCUAGCCUGCAUGGUGAAGAAUGAAAGCCCGGCAUUAACAGAUUCCUCAAGAGAACUCAUUUCACGGGUGUUCUUGGCUUUGGUGGAAAAAUCUGAAGACCGAGGAAAUGUUGUAGCUCAAGGAGGAGGGAAGGCGUUAAUACCGUUGGCUUUAGAAGGAACGGAAAUUGGAAAAACAAAGGCAGCACAAGCACUGGCUAAAAUAACAAUCACCUCUAACCCCGAAAUUGCGUUUCCAGGUGAAAGGAUUUACGAGGUUGUUCGCCCGCUGGUCAGCUUGCUUCACCUGAAAUGCACUGGUUUGCAGAAUUUUGAGUCACUGAUGGCAUUAACAAAUCUUGCAGGGAUCAGUGAGCAGCUGAGGAGUAAGAUCAUAAAGGAGAAGGCAGUGCCGAUGAUUGAGGGUUAUAUGUUUGAAGAGCAUGAAAUGAUUCGUGUCGCUGCUACUGAGUGUAUGUGCAACCUGGCCAUGAGCAAAGAGGUGCAAGAAUUGUUCAUGGUAGAGGGAUCCGAUCGACUGAAACUAUUAGUUCUGUACAGUGGUGAAGAUGAUGAGCGUCUACGCCGUGCUGCUGCUGGGACUAUUGCAUUGCUGACUUCUCUGGAGCCAAAAAUUUGCCAGAGGAUAACAGUAGUGACAGCCCACUGGUUAGAGAUUUUCCAGGCCCUACUCCUGAGUGAGAAUAUAGAACUCCAGCAUCGUGGAGCUUUCAUAGUCUUGAACAUGAUGAGUGCGAACAAGGAGUUGGCAGGGAAGUUGAUGGAGAGUGAAAUGUUUGAAAUCCUUACUGUUCUUGCAAAAAAUGAAGGGGAGGAAAAGAAACGUCCUGUGUUCCAAGCUGCACAAGAGUGUUUAAAUAAAGCGGUCGAGUAUGGACUCAUUAAACCCAACCUGACUACGGAGUCUGACUAAGGGCCCUCUGAGGUCCUCAAGACUCGCCAUUGAUUUACUCUCCUAUCAUUCCAUGCGGCUUGAAUGUUUCUGUUCACUGGUACAAAGCAGUGAUCUUGAAAAUGUUGAGGACUUGAACCCUAAAGUAUGUUAAAAUACUGCAUAACUUUUCAUUAUACAAAGAUUAAAGGGGUUGUCUGGUGGGAGAUUUUAUAUAUAUUA